AUGGCAAACUUCACCAGACUCAACGUCUUGACACCUAAUCGUUCUGAUUGGAGGGUUUUGGUUAGAGUUGAAAAGAUGUGGGAUACUUUGGAGGCAGAUGUUGGUGAAGGUCUAAGCUUUCUUUUUGUAGAUGAAACGGGCACAAAGAUGCAUGCUUUUGUUGAACAAAGUAAUCAGAGGAAAAGGUUCAAGAGAUGUCUUCAUGAAGGGGAAUGGAAGAUUCUAACCGGAUUUUCCGUGGUGAUGGUGAAUACAGAGAUCCGUUUGACGGAAGCCAGAAACAAGAUUGCUCUCACGUCCAACACCAGCGUCACACCCGCAGAGGACUCGGAUGCUUGGAUUCCGCUUGACAUCGUUCCUUACGACUAUGUUUCGAAUUUUUGGAAUGAUGAACGAACUUCUUUCCCUAGAGGGUUUAUACUUGAAGUUCGUGAGACAAUGCUCAGGGAAGAUGUCUCUAUUCCUAGGAACCCUUUAAACGAUGAUCCAAAGACCACUAACACAAUAGAUUUCACCCUACAGGACAACGAGUGCUCUUCCUCACAAGACAGCAGCGAAGAAGAUGUUGAAGAAAUGGAAUUUGAUUAUUUCAAUGGCUGUAGAACCGACAACAAAAGUUGA